CAUAAAAAUUACACACUAUAUUCAUUAUCGGUGGGCGUCUCCGAUUAUAUCAAUAGAACAGUGUAUCGAAAUGUAAAAUACUGAAAAAAAAAAUGGCCCAAAAACACUUUUAAUGUUCUCAAAUAAGUUUUUAAUUAGAUACACACUUUUCUAGCGUACGAAACAGAGAUCCGUAUUUCAAAUAAUCAUCACUGCAUAAAAGCAUUUGAUUGAAAUAUAAAUGAAUUAAUCAAGUCAGCUGCUGACCAAAUGUAGUUUUGUGGGACGCUACAAAAAUAUCUCGCACUUUUCAGAAAACAGCCGCUCAGUCAACACAACGCCUACAUAACAAUCCUCAAUUGUUUCAAAAGCUGAAAAAUGGCGAAUGCGACUCCGACCAAUGGAAGGCGUUGCCAACGGACAAUCGAAUGCAACUCUAUUGGCCCUUACGAUCUUUUUAAUUCCCUUCGACCAAUCACGAGCGAGAACGGAAGUCGAGUCAAACCAGUUCCAUUUUCGAUUUGAACGGACGUGCACGCGUUACGAAUUCCGUACACCGUACGUUUUUUUUUGUUCAAUUAUUUUUUUCGAAGUUUAUUAAAAUUUUGCGCGAGUGUUUAUUUUACAAGUGCAGUGAGGCCAUAGCGUUUGUUCUGACUGGAUACAAGAUAUUUUAUUAAGAAACGUACGUAAAUAGGUUGUGUUUCGUCACCGGCGAGGAUUUUAUUUAUAGCAUUUAGCUUUAACAAGCUGUUCGUGUGUGACGGAUCUUAAUUUAGCAGUGCACAUGAGUAAACCCGGGACGGAUUUAAUUAAAAUGCGAAAAAAGAGGAAAACCUUGUACUGCGCCAGCAAGAAAUAAACGUGAAUGCUUAAAAGAUCGCGCGGACUAUGCGUGCGUGAACCAGACAGAGACUGGCCGUAUACUUAUUGUUCAAGUGAAAUAUUCAAAACUCAUUACAAAUACAAACAGUGCCACGGUGAUUUAAAAAAAAAAAAAACAAACAAAAAAAAAGUCGAACAAACAAGUAAUCGCCGUUUUAAAACUCGAACGCUUUUUGUUUAAACGUUUUGGGAUUGCCGCCUUCCAUGUUUGACUAGAGAUGUCUACGUAAAUAUUUAAUAUAAGCCACGAGAAAAGCGUUCGAAUAUUCAAAAAGUCUAAACAACUAAUUAAAAAAAAAAACUCAACAAAAUCGCUUAUUUAAAUUUGGAAUAAUGAUUUAAAACAUUUAAACUAUGUGGAUACUUUUAAAAUAACAUCAGAAUUAGCGCGCGAUUAUAAUUUCCAAAUUCGAAUGUAAGACCAGCGUUAAUAAAAGUGAUAUUCAAAUUAGGAACUCGAAACUAAUAAAGCUAGACAUUCGUGACGCGACUGACGUCACGGCGUUAAGUGCUGUAGUGUGAAACAGUCGUCAAAGUGGCUGGGGACGAGCAUCUGGACAUGCUGGGGGGCCCCGAGUGGGGGCAGCGGGAGGCCACCCCCCCUAGAGACGCUCCCCUGCCGAGUUUUGGCUUUACACAGGAGCAGGUCGCCUGCGUUUGCGAGGUCCUUCAGCAGGCCGGCAACAUAGACCGGCUGGGGAGGUUCCUCUGGUCGCUGCCGGCAUGCGAGCGUCUUCACGCCCACGAGUCGGUGCUGAAGGCGAAGGCCAUGGUCGCCUUCCACCGGGGGAACUUCAAGGAACUGUACAGGCUGCUGGAGUCGCACAACUUCAGCGCACACAACCACGCAAAGCUGCAGAGUCUAUGGUUGAAAGCUCACUACAUGGAAGCGGAGCGGCUUCGGGGUAGGCCACUCGGAGCAGUUGGCAAAUACCGGGUGAGGCGUAAAUUCCCCCUCCCCAGAACGAUAUGGGACGGAGAGGAGACCUCUUACUGUUUUAAGGAAAAGUCCAGAUCCGUCCUCCGCGACUGGUAUCUCCACAACCCGUAUCCUUCGCCACGAGAAAAGAGAGAGCUGGCCGAAACGACCGGACUAACCACAGUACAAGUAUCGAAUUGGUUCAAGAAUCGCAGACAGAGAGACAGACAAGCCGAGCAUAAAGAUAGCGGCACCGGAGGCGAUAAGCAGCUGGACUCGUCCACGGAUGAAGACAGCGACGCGCCCCCCGCGCCCCUACCUCCCCCGCAACCACUCUACCCCCUCUACGACCACCCCCUAGCCCACCUCCAGUACCACCACGCGUGACCGCGCCACCACUCGCGCGAUCCACUCUCCACAGCACGCGACAGGUGAUACGGAACAAACUUGGUGGUAGGACCUCUUGUGAGUCCGGAGCAGGUACCACCAUCCUGCCUAUUUCAGCCGUGAUGUCGUUUCGGCUCGAAGGGCGUGGCAGCCGUUGUAUACUGAGACCUUAGAAAUCACAUCUUAAUGUGGGUGGCGGCAUUUACGUUGUAGAUGUCUAUGGGAUCUGGUAACCACUUAACACCAGGUGGGCUGUGAGCUCGUCUACCCAUAUAUGCUAUAAAAAAAAAGCAAGAACCGUUCUAGUGUGACCUACUCCAAGUACGCAACUGGUAGCUUUGUCAUCAUCAAUUAAGGGUGUCAUGACUGAUGACCGUGGACCGAUACGAUACCGCCGUCACGAGAUCUCAUCGAUUUCGACAAGAAUAUCGAGAGGCUUGCGACGAGAGUCAACGUGAUAAAGAAAAUUUUAAGGAUGGUGUUACAACAAUUUUAUAUAAAGCAUUUUUUUUUGUUGUUGUUUAAACUCUCGAGAUAACUGUAUGAGGAUUUGAUAGAACUUCAUUAUAUUUCUCGACGUUAGAAGCAAAAGGUCCGUUGCGUAUGAAACAGUCCAAAUAUUUGUAUGGUUUUGUUUCUUAUUUCUAGAUUACAAUUUGUAGGUCAAUUAACUGUUUAUUAUUUUUUAACCCAACAUAAGUAAUCUUGGCGUUAAUACGCGACAUUUAUCAUUGUAAUUAAAGGUGCGUUUUAUUUGGUCAACAGUUCGAUGUUAUUAAUUGAACUUCAAUUAAGUUUACCCCAUUCGAAUAGAUGGAAAAGUUUUUUUGUUAUGAUAUUUUUUCCAAAUUUUAAACCUUAUAUGGCCUCAUGUAAAAUUGCAAAAAUGUUGCUUAAACCAAAUAGUCCCUCGAUAUGUAAUCUCUAUAUUAAUACGUGAAGCAAAAACUUUGUAUCCCUUUUUACGAAAAUUGCGCGGACGGAGGAGUAUGAAAUUUUCCACACUUAUAGAGAAUAUAGAGAAGGAGUGCACAAUGCUAAUAUUUUUUUAAAAUAAUGCAUAAAAGAUACAUUAAAUCAAUAAAGAAAUCAUUACACACACUACAUACCAUGUAUUUGACGCACACACGCAUGCAUACUAUUUAUUGUCAAACUUUUGUUCUUGACGUCUGUUGUCAAAUUGAGAAUAGAUUAAAUAUUGUUUGUCUUUAUUAAUAUUUUUUUAUAGUGUAGCCUUGGUGAAAUUUGUGAUUAUAGAAGUAUCAAAUACAAUCAUAAUAGUGUACAAACUUACAAUUUCAAUUAACUAGAGGUCCCGCAGUAGUCGAAAUUCGACUAUAAUUAUAAUUAAAUAAAUAUAAUUAUAGUCUUAAUAUAAUAAUUAUAAUUGAAUAAAAUAUAUAUUAAUAAAGACAAAGAAUAUUUAAUCUAUUCUCAAUUUGACCACAAACGUCAAGAACAAAAGUUUGACAAUAAAUAGUAUGCAUGCGGGUGUGCGUCAAAACAUGGUAUGUAGUGUGUGUAAUGUUUUCUUUAUUGAUUUAAUGUAUCUUUUAUGCAUUAUUUUUAAAAAAUAUUAACAUUGUGCACUUCUUCUCUAUAUUCUCUAUAAGUGUGGAAAUUUUCAUACUCCUCCGUCCGCGCAAUUUACGUAAAAAGGGAUACAAAGUUUUUGCUUCACGUAUUAAUAUAUAGAUUAUAGUCGAAUUUCGACUACUGCGGGACCUCUAAUUUGAAUUAAAAAGAUCGUGAAACCUUUUGCCUCUAACAUCAAGACGUACCCACGAAUAUUAUUUGAAAUGUCAUUCAAAUUGAAUUUCAUUAACAUUUUCAUAAAUAAAUAACGUGUUAUUAUUUUUCAGAAUUUUUGUCAAUCAAUGUCUCUUCUAUAUCUUGUAAAUAGUUUAUUAAUUAUUUUUAUUGUAACGUAAAAAAAAAAAAAUAUUAAAUGUAAUUAAUAAUUUUACUAUUAAAUUAUAAAAUGUAAGUAAGUAGGUACAUACAUACUUUUAUUUCGUUUUAAAUAAAUAUAUUUAAAAUAAA